CACACACAGAAUAAGAUGGAAACAAAAACUGUUACACUGAUGAUUCCCCCUUUCAUCCAAAACCAAUAGCCAUUUUAUGUUGCAAAUUCCCCAUGGCUACAGUUGGCACAAGCACUGGAUUUGGAGGAGUUUCACUCCACUCCUCCUCCACUUCCACCCCGCUCUCUUCAUUUUUGGGCAAGAAGCUCAAUUUCAAAACCCUAACUGAAUCAACUCCCCACAAGAAAUUAGCCUCUCCCAAAUCCAAGAAUCUCGCUGUUGUUGCCGCGGGAGGUCAAAUUUUCAAUUUUGUUCAUGAUUUGUUUGUGGGAGUUGGGGUUGGACUGCCCUGCACGGUUAUGGAGUGUGGAGAUAUGAUUUACAGAAGCACGCUUCCUAAAUCAAAUGGGAUUUCACCUACGGUUCCUGGCGUGAUUUUAGCUUUGGGCACUAUUUCUUACUUGUGGGCCACUCCCGGUGUGGCGCCUGGCUUCUUUGAUAUGUUUGUUCUUGCCUUUGUUGAGAGGCUCUUUAGGCCUACUUACAAAAAGGAUGACAUUGUCUUGGGGAAGAAGUUGGGUGGGGGAGCAUUUGGAGUGGUUUAUAAGGGGUCCUUGAUCAACAAGUCUUCCUCCAAAGAUGGUGAGAUAGUGGUAAAGAAGGCUACUGAAUAUGGGGCGGUGGAGAUAUGGAUGAAUGAGCGUGUCCGAAGGGCUUGUGCGAAUAGCUGUGCUGAUUUUAUGUACGGCUUUCUUGAGACUUCGGCAAAGAAAGGAUCUGAAUAUUGGCUGAUCUGGAAAUUUGAAGGAGAGUCCACGCUUGCUGAUUUAGUUCAGAGUAAAGAAUUUCCAUACAAUGUAGAAGCAUUGAUUCUUGAUAAGGUCCAAGACAUGCCUAAGGGGAUCGAAAGGGAAAACAGAAUCAUACAGACUAUCAUGAGACAGCUCUUGUUUGCGUUGGAUAGUCUGCACUCGACGGGAAUUGUUCAUAGAGAUAUGAAGCCCCAAAACAUCAUCUUCUCUGAAGAAUCUCGUACAUUUAAGAUUAUUGAUCUUGGAGCGGCUACAGAUUUGAGAGUCGGCAUCAAUUAUAUUCCCAAAGAGUUUCUAUUGGAUCCCAGAUAUUCUGCACCCGAACAAUACAUUAUGAGUACUCAAACACCCUCGGCUCCAUCUGCACCCGUUGCAACUGCACUUUCCCCUGUUCUAUGGCAGCUGAAUCUUCCCGACAGAUUUGACAUCUACAGCGCUGGCCUGAUAUUCAUGCAAAUGGCGUUUCCAGGGCUACGGAGCGACAGCGCUCUCAUACAAUUCAACCGUCAGCUGAAGAGGUGCGAUUAUGAUCUAAUUGCGUGGAGAGAAACUGUGGAGCCCCGUGCCGGGGCAGAUCUACGGCGUGGAUUUGAGUUGCUGGAUUUGGAUGGAGGCAUAGGAUGGGAGCUUCUAACAUCUAUGGUUCGUUACAAGGCACGCCAAAGGCUGAGCGCGAAAGCAGCACUUGCUCAUCCCUACUUCGACAAGGAAGGCCUACUCGUCUUAUCCUUCACGCAGAGCCUGCGCCUGCAGCUCUUCCGAGCCACCCAACAAGACUACAGCGAGGCUGCCAAGUGGAUUAUCGAGCUCAUGGCAAAGUCAGGAACGAAGAAAGAUGGUGGUUUCACCGAAGCUCAGCUGCAGGAGCUCAGGGAAAUCAAGCCACGUGAGAAGUCAAAUGUGCAGAGGAAUGCGCUCGCAUCGGCUCUUCGGGUGCAGCGGAAGAUCAUUAGGACGAUAAACGAGAGCGUUGAUGAGCUCAACAGGCGGAGGAAGAGCUUUUGGUGGAGCAGGUGGAUUCCCAAAGAGGAGUAAUUUCUGUAAAUAUAUACAUGCACUUGCUUAAUGUAAAUUUUGUGCAGCUUAAUGUGUGUUGAGGAUUGGAUGCUUGAAUUUGAUAGAGGAAAUAUUUAGUAAAAAUAUAUGAUAAAUUUGCACCAUUAAAGUA